AUGGACUGUAUGCUCUCUCCUCAUUAUAUACCUAGAGCCUCUACACAAGGAGGAGGUGGUGCAGGAGGGAGGAUUGCUAUAGUCCAUAGUCAGGAGAAUCACUUUACAGGCGAGUACCUCAUCCACGGUGGUUACGGUAGAGAACAGUACGGAGGAUCUGGCACUGCCUAUCUCCAGGAUGAUACCAACUCCACACACACUUACCGCAAAUUCAUCGUUGACAACAAUGGACACUCAAGUAGUGAAAGGAUAUCUUCUGAGUUACUGAGUUUGGUUUCUCCAUCCAGUGGUACAAACCGUUCAUAUCACACCUAUGGUAAUAUUCUGGUGGAAUCUACUGGUUCUCCCCGUUACAUUUCUCAUCCACUGUCAGGAGUUACCAACACCGGGGCACCAUUCAUCAGCUCUGAUAGGACCAUCAAUGUGACCUUCACACUGCCAGAUCAUCUAUAUAUAGAACAAGUCCGAGUCUACCCAUACUGUGAUGACUCCUAUGGGAGAUACCGCAGUGAUUACUGGGUACUGAGUGAGCUAGGAGGAGUAGAGGUGGACCAUACUGGGAACUACCUCGCCAGUGAAGGCUGUCAGUAUCCAGACACACCACAGAUAUAUGGGGAAGUGGACAUCAAGAGGACUAUUAAUAAGCUUACAAUAAGAUUACAUAAUACGGACCAUCAAGCUUCCCUCGACCAGGUGGAGUUUGUCGUGAUUGAGGAUCCAGCGGUCAAUACUCAGACCCCAUACUCAAGAUACCAGGGAACUGCCUACAUUCUCCAUGAAACAGACAACCUGGCUGUUUAUGAGUUUGAGGAGAUCCAUAUUCAGGGAGGUGGUAGCUUGGCCAUGUCGGGUAACAAUGCACACUUGAAAGUUCAUCAAGUGAAUGGAGACAACACAGGUCUGAUGAAAGUGAAAGGGAACCAGACAAUGACCACCACGCAAAACAGAGCACUAAUGCAGUUUAGUGUUCUUACUGAACGUAGCUCCCACCUCACCCUCCCACCUACCAUUGACUGCAGGGAUAUUGACUUCUAUAUCAAAGGUCACUUUGAUGUGAUGUAUAAUGUGACUCUGAACUCUGGCUGUAGAAUGACUCUCGAUCACUUUAAAGAGACUGUUAAUCAGAUAGAAAACCUGGACAUAAAGACGUUUGGGGAGUUGUAUGUUUUCACUGAUCAGGAGGCGCUGACCACACUGAAGGGAACCUCCCUUACUGUGAGGAGUGGAGCUAAGCUGGAUUCCAAUGACUUGGCUCUGUGGUAUACAAACAUCACAGUGGAACCAUAUGGAGAGUUGACAGUAGCUGAAGCUGUACCAAAACAAGAUAAAAGCACUGGUAUUGGUGCUGGUCACUGUGGAACUGCUUGUUCUGGUGGUGGUCAUGGUGGCAAUGGAGGUCAAGGUCAAGGUCAAGAAGUCGUAGGAGCAAGUCACGGGUCUUUUGUGUCACCAACUACAUUUGGUAAAGAUGGCGGUUAUAACUCCUUCCCUCACAAAGGAGGUAAAGGUGGGGGUCGAUUGUUUAUCAAUACAACACACACCCUCACUGUAGAUGGUGUGAUAUCAGCUCAGGGAGGUAACUGGGGCUCAGUGAGGAGUGGCGGAGGAUCUGGUGGCAGUGUCAUGGUCUAUACCUAUACAAUGGAUGGUGAUGGUAAAUUUGAUGUCAGUGGUGGGAAUGGCUACGAUGGAUCUUACACACCCAAAGCUGGAGGUGGAGGUGGUGGAAGGCUGGCCUGGUACUACGAACACAACUUCUUUGUUGGAACCUUCCAAGCUUUUGGUGGUACUGGUGGUUAUGAAAAUGGUGGCCCUGGUACAAUAUAUGCACACAAGAUGCCAGACCGUGAACAACCAUUCUCUUCUUUUACAUCCAACCGCACAUUAUACCUCGACAACAAUAACAGGAGACCCCGUGACCCUUCUCGCAAUCUCACAAGUUCCUAUGGUAACUACACAUUGGGGAGUGCUGUAGCCUGGCUCAUCCCAUCAGAGUACCCUUCGUUUGUUAAUGAAACCAGAAAUGACACACAAGUUGUACUUGAAGAAUUUCAAAUAUAUCGUGGAGCUCAGAUGGCUUUUCUGAUGCCAGACAAUCCUUUUGGCUGGAUCGACAUCAAAAUUGGAAUCAUUGAGGGUGACCGAUCAGGUCAUCUCCAUGUUGGUUUUAACCAGUCACAAUAUAUUGCCAGUGGCAAACUUCCUAAUGACCUGUCCAUUUAUCAUGGAGGGGACAUAACUCUGAAGGGAGAACUGCGAGCAGCAGGUGUGACCAUCAGUAUGGAGGGAGUUAUCAAUAAUGUUGAGAACUUGACAGUUGUGGACGGAGGUAUCUUGAAAAUUUAUGAGAUGAUAGAUGUGCAUUAUGUUCGUCAUGAUCAAUUGGUAUUCAACACCCUGAAUGUCCGUAAUAACGGCAGUAUGUAUACAGAGAAUGGCAACGAUUCCCACAAUCUAAUAGGUGAUACACUGCGUGUGUUUCCCGGGGGACUAUUGGAGUCAAAAAACCUGUACAUAGAGGCAAAGACAGUCAUCAUCGAUGUGCUAGGAAAGAUAAGCUCAGACUUCAAAGGUCACUGCGGGGGAGGUUGA